AUGUUUUUCGACCUCAACGUUCCCGUUCCCAAUAUCCAGAGUCCCAGCCAGGGCACGUCCAAGAAGGGCAAAGGAAAGCAACCAGCGACCACGCAGGCGUCGUUUACCAUCGCUCAAAUAAAUUCUCUUGAAGCCCAUGUCGAUCUCCUCAUCCACUUAGGAUACACGGUCCUCGCAUUCAGCCAAACGGUCAACAAGAAGGUAGACUCGAAAACACACGUCAAUGUGCUCGAUGGGCUGCUUUCGCAGCUUAAAUCACGUCCUGGGAUUGUCUACCUCAAAAGACUGAAUAUAAUCCUAGACGAAGACAGCGAGAAAGGAUUCGGGUUGAUCAACGCCAGCGUAGCCCUCUUCAACUCCUACGACCUCAUAUCCCUCAUCCCAACAACGCACGCAACCUUCUCCCUAGCCUGCCUAACACACACGCAGCCCUCCCCCUUAACAGCACACAUCAUCUCCAUCCCACUAACCCUCCCUAGGCUACCAUACCACCUUAAACACACCCUCGUGCGCACGGCGAUCAAGAACGGCGCGGUGUUUGAGAUCAACUACGUCGGUGCGCUGGGGGGCGAGAAUGAUGGUGUUAUGGUGGAGGCUGGGGCUGCUGAGAAUGGGCAGAGCGCGAGGAGGAAUUGGUGGGCUGCUGCGAGGGAGUUGGUUAGAGUUACGAAGGGACGGGGCGUACUUGUGAGUGGUGGGGUGGUUGAUGAUGCGGAUUUGAGGGCGCCUAGGGAUGUAGGGAAUUUGAUUACGGUGUUGGGUCUUCCUCAAGACGCAACGCACGCAGCAUCGACAAAGACGCCGAAGUCACUCGUGUUGAGAGCUCAAACGCGUAAAACCUACCGUGCCGUUUUGUCAGAACCGAAACUCGUGAUACCUCAAGGGUCAAUGCCGGUCCCAGCGGCACCUGGACCAAGUACAACCCCACUCCCAAUAGGACAGAGCUCAACCCCAGCGCCACAAGUCGCGCCAAUUAACAUCCCAGUUCCAGCACCAACUCCCACUCCGGCUCUCCCAACAGACUCCAGGCCUCAAAAAAGAGUCAGGGAGGAGGGUGGAAUCGAAGGACAAGCCCCCUCGAAAGAGGGUGCGCCGUCGAAUUCGAACCUCGAGACGCAGAAGAAGAAGAAACGGAAGAAGAAUCAGAAUCAGAAUCAGAGGGAUGGGGGCGUAAGUGCAGGGAGUGUAGCUAGUUAG